AUGUGCUUCCAAACUUCUUGCCCUAACUGCUCUAAGACGACCUGGCGUGGCUGUGGCGGCCACAUCGCCAACGUCUUUGCCAACGUCGCUGAGGACCAGUGGUGUACGUGCGAGCCCAAGGUUGAGGUCAAUGGCAAGCAGUAUCCCCCACAAGUGGGAAAGGGGACGCGGGUAGCUGCUGAAACGGAGAACAAAUCUUCUUGA